UUCAGGUGAAAUCGUAAUGACUGAUGUAAGCUACAUGCAUACGGGGAAUAGGUAUCUUGAGAAACGAAGAAUGACAGAUCUCAUCAGUACAUUCCAAUGUGAAACCAUCGGCAUAGGUAAUGGAACAGCAUGUCGUCAAACUGAGGAGUUCAUUUCAGAGGUCAUAAGGUCAAAUUCAUUUCAUCCGCUUCAUGUCCAAUAUUGCAUUGUGAAUGAAGAUGGAGCAUCAAUAUACAGUGUGUCACCUGAAGCUGAGAAAGAGAUGCCAAAGUUAGAUCCAAACAUUAGAAGUGCAGUAUCAAUUGCAAGAAGACUUCAGGACCCCCUUGCUGAACUUGUCAAGAUAGAUCCAAAACACAUAGGUGUUGGCAUGUACCAGCAUGAUGUACCAGAGAGAUUACUGAAGGCAGCGUUAGGAGAUGUGGUAGAGGAAUGUGUGAGUUUCGUUGGAGUGGAUCUCAACAUAUGUUCAGAAGUUCUGCUCAAAUGGGUUUCAGGCAUCUCAGCGGGUCUAGCUAAGAAGAUAAUAGCCCACCGUCAGAGGGUUGGAGCAUUUACCAAUCGUCAGGUGCUGCUCGAUGUGAAGGGUCUUGGACCUAAGACCUUCAAACAGUGCGCCGGGUUUGUCAGGAUCAACCCCUCGGGCAAUAAUACCGUUGAGCAGACUACCAAGGAUGAGGUCAUCAUCAUAUCAACAAGUCGCAGACAGCUGUAG